GGUUGCUAUGCGGCUGCCUGCGCAGAACUGGGUGGGGGCGCUGCUCCUCCGCCGCCUCCUCUUCCUGGGGCUGUGUUGUGCGAGGGAAGACCCGGGUAGAUCUCGCAACGUGCUCCUGAUCGUAGCUGACGAUGGCGGCUUUGAGAGCGGCGUGUACAACAACACAGCCAUCAACACCCCAAACCUCGAUGCCUUGGCCAAGCGCAGCUUGAUCUUCCAGAAUGCCUUCACUGCCGUCAGUAGCUGCUCUCCUAGCCGGGCCAGCAUCCUGACAGGCCUGCCCCAGCACCAGAAUGGGAUGUAUGGGCUGCAUCAAGAUGUGCAUCAUUUCAACUCCUUUGAUAGUGUGCGGAGCCUCCCUCUGUUGCUCAGCCAGGCAGGGAUUCGGACAGGAAUCAUUGGGAAGAAGCAUGUGGGACCAGAGGCUGUGUAUCCCUUUGACUUUGCCUACACUGAGGAGAAUGGCUCCGUCCUGCAGGUGGGGAGGAACAUCACCCGGAUCAAGCUGCUUGUUCAGAAAUUCCUGCGCAGCCAGGAUGACAAGCCUUUUUUCCUGUACAUUGCUUUCCAUGAUCCUCACCGCUGUGGCCAUUCCCAACCUCAGUAUGGAGUCUUCUGUGAGAAGUUUGGCAAUGGGGAGACUGGAAUGGGCUGGAUCCCGGACUGGAAACCCCAACACUACAACCCUGAUCAAGUGCAGGUCCCAUAUUUCGUACAGGAUACACCAGCAGCUCGUGCAGAUUUAGCUGCUCAGUACACAACCAUAGGACGCAUGGAUCAAGGCAUUGGCCUUGUCUUGGAGGAACUCCGCAGUGCUGGCUUCCACAACAGUACACUUGUGAUCUACACUUCGGACAAUGGCAUCCCCUUCCCCAGUGGCAGAACUAACCUGUACUGGUCAGGAACGGCCGAACCCCUCCUCAUCUCCUCCCCUGAGCAUCCUGCACGCUGGGGCCAGGUCAGCGGUGCCUACGCCAGCCUGCUGGACGUCACCCCCACCAUACUGGAUUGGUUCUCUGUGCCAUAUCCCAGUUACAGCCUCUUUGGGAAGCGGAUUGUACAACUCACUGGGAAGUCCCUGCUGCCAGCCCUGUCACUGGAGCCACCAUGGGCAACUGUGUUUGCAAGCCAGAGCCUGCACGAGGUGACCAUGCACUAUCCCAUGCGGGCCGUACAGCGUGGGCCCCUGCGCUUCAUUCACAACCUGCAGAACCGCAUGCCCUUCCCCAUCGACCAAGACUUCUAUGUUUCACCCACAUUCCAGGACCUGCUGAACAGGACCCAAGCAAGGCAGCCUACCCAUUGGAACAAGACACUGCACAGCUAUUACUACCGGGAACGCUGGGAGCUGUAUGAUCACAGCGUCGACCCUACCGAGAGCCACAACGUGGCUUCCGACCCCCGCUACGCACAGGCUCUGGAGGAGCUCCGAGGGCUGCUGCUGAAGUGGCAGUGGGAAACGGAUGACCCCUGGGUCUGUGUGCCCGACGGUGUCCUGGAGGACAAGCCCAGCCCCCAGUGCCGGCCACUCCAUAAUGAGCUGUGAUUUUCUUUGCCCUCCGCCUGUGUGGUUGCGGUUACUUCCUCAUUCAGAAGAGCUGCAACCGGAAAAGAUCUGCUGCAGCCCAAGUGGGCUUUGAUGUAACUUGGAAACGCUGCGGUUUGCAGAGCUCAAUACCAGUGAAUGGGAAGUUGGGGGAGGAGUUGGAGUCAAAUGCAAGGGUGUGAUUGCUGCACACGGAAGGGAAAGUCGUGCCUAUUUUUAAAGACUACAGAUCUAUACGCCAUCUUAGCCAACCCCUUUUCCAAAAUGUUUGCUGCCAAAGGAUUACCACAAGUGCCUAUCAGAUGUCUCAGCACCUGCUCUGGAUAGUGCUGUGGCACAACCAGGAAGGAGAUGGGCUGGUCCCAUCCAGACUAUGUCCUAAAUAAUGUCUUUCUGGGAAACUGUAUAGGCGUGGAUUAGGUUUGGAGACAGUUCAAAACUUCAGACGUAUUCAUGGCUGAGUCUUCUUCUAGGAUUAUACCACUUCAGAUACAUCUGGGGGAGAGACUCUCAUUCCAAAAUGUCCAUGAGUGAUGGAAAGCUAGUAUGCAGGGAGAAGGUUGGGAGCAAGCAACCUCCUUCAUGUACUGUAGGGUGGUACAGGCCUAUAAGAAAACUAUAUCAUGUUAGAAACAGCAAGUUGAACUGGCUAUUAAUGUGAACCUUCCAGAAUAUGCAACAGCAGAGCUAGAGCCAAUUUUUGUGGAAGUCAUAAAGAAGUAAAUAGUCUUGGUCCUGAUGCUAGGUUCUCUGGAUGGAAAGUGAUGGCUUCAUUAUGUUGACAAAGGCUUGUAGGCAAUACUGUAUGUAUACGUCAGUGGGAGGCAGUAAAUAUGUAUUGUAGGAAAUGUCAACAAGCAUUUAAUUUAUCACAGCUGUAAUUCAAACAGAGCCAUCCAUCAACAGUCUGCUUUAUAAAAUGAAAUAAAAUCUGGCCCUUGUUUUUAUAAGCAUUACCUCUACACAGUAAUUGAUGAAAGAGAAAGGAAAUGGAAGGGAACCAGAUAAGAGACAACUUGAUUGAGUAAACAAUAUACAGUAUCUGGCAUUCACACUGUUGAGUAUUAAUGGAAGCAGCUGGCUAGAGACUGACAGAAGGAUCUGGGAUACCCAGUACGAUGAAGGUCACAUCCAGUUUGGGGGCUACAUGACAUGGCCAGUGCAAAUUAUACAGACCACCAGCCAUUUAUGGAUUAUACUGUAUAGGGAGGGUAUGUCUUAGGGCAAUUCUAUACAUGUCUAGUCAGAAGUAAGCUCCACUGAGUUCGAUGGGAUUUAUUCUCAGGUCCUAUCUCUAUAGGAUAGUAGCCUUAGGGUGAGAUCCUAUGCAUGUUUAGCCAGACAAGGUUCUACAGUGCAUCUGGCUGGGGAAUGCUGGGAGUUCUAGGACUUUUUUCUGUCUGCAUAGGAUUGUGCCUUAAAGCACUUUAUUUUCUAUACCAGGUUCGGGCAAUUUGCGACCCUCUAGAUGUUUCAGCAUAAAACUUCCAUCAGCCUUAACCAACAUAGCCAAUGAUGAGGGUUCAUGGAAUUGUAGGUGCCGACUCCUGAUAUAUACUAGUACAA